AUGGUUGUACGACGCCCGCGUAAUCACCGGUCAUCACCUCCGGCAUCAGAAGCGGGAUAUGUGCCCGGCAUGAUGGCCUUCUCGCGUGGAACAAGAAUCCUUGUUCUCCCUAAACUGGAAGUCUUCUUAAUACCGACCGACACAACAGGAAAUGGAGGGAUUCGAGAAGCCACGGCUCCAACUUUCCCCAUCUUCGAGUCAGGUCUGGAGGACCUCGCAGCUGUAUCAACAACCAUUGCAGGCCUGACGUUGGGCCCAAGAAAUGCUCGGGAAGCUGUGCUUGCCACAACUCUAGCUCUUGCACCGCUAAGAGAGAUCCGUGGCGCACCAGAACUCCUGACAGGCUUCGCAGAUGAGUUCAAGGACUUCGAACUGCUGUUCAGACGCAUAGUGAAGGAGCGUGGUAGUGUCCGCGAAGCCCUGGGUGCCGGCUUUGCCUUUGCAGCCGUGCUUGAGGAUCUCAUGGUAGCACGAGCAAACGCUGGACAGGUGACGGUCUGGCCUGUCGAUUCGGCUUGA